AUGGUCAACCAUCCGGGCAAUGGACUUGUGACCUACGGUCUACUUCUGAGCUUACCUUUGCGAGUGGUGCUAUAUGCAGCAUUUCUUUACCUGGAUAAUCUGAUGGCCCUCUUGCAGUUGAUCCAGGAGAUUUUGAGCCUGAAUGUGGAGGUGCUCGUUUUGGGCAUCAUGUACAUGUGCAAUCGAUGGCCGAUUGCGGGUUCACCACUUCAAGUGAUCGUCCUGCGUAUCGUCCAUUUCUAUAUGAGCACUUGGGGUCUGCUGCUCAACCGGCUCAUCCACUACUUGAAGUUCCCGUGCGUCAUUCUGAGACGACUCAGCCGAGUUUUCCACCUCUGCGCCCAGAGACGCACCUGGGCGAUCAUGCUGCAGCCGAGCUGA